GUAAACAACAGUGGCUUGCUGUGGGCGCGCGUGCCUGACAUUGCCACCGCGAGCCUGGCGCGGACCUGCCAGAUUUGCAUGCUGGGGGUCCAGCUAAGAUGAUAGGCUGGAUCAACAUCUCCGUGGAGAGCUUCGUGCGGGAGAAGUUUGGGGAUGCCGUCUGGGAGCAAACCCUUUCGACCUCGGGUGUGCAGGCGGGCUGGGUGUCGUCGUGCCCCUACCCCGACGCCGCCACCUACGGGCUCGUCAUUUCCGCGUCCAAUAUCUUAGGAAUUACUUCCGCACAAGUCCUGGAGGCGUUCGGAGUGUACUUUGUGGAGUACACUGCCCGCCUGGGGUAUGAGAAGCUGCUGAAGAGCUUGGGAAGCAACAUGGCCGAAUUCCUCAAGAACCUGAAUGACCUGCACCUGCAUCUCAGCAUGAGCUUCCCCUCCAUGGCGGCGCCCGCCUUCAAGUGCACGGACGUGGGGCCCACUUGCCUGACGCUGCAUUACCACAGCCACCGGCCGGCACUGGGCCCCAUUGUGGUGGGUGUGCUCAAGGGCCUCGCGGAGCAGUACUGGGGCCUGGGCGGCGAGCAGCUGCAGGUGGAGCUGCUGCGGGGGCGAGACGACGGCAGCGAUGACCACGAGGUGUUUCGGGUCAGCUACCCCCACCAAGCAGCGCUUCAGCACUGCGGGCCGCCUGCGGCCAGCGUUGAUGGCAACGAAACCGCCGGCUCUGCUGCCUCCACCGCCUCCCCAGCAGCGGCGGCUGCGCGUAGCUUUACGCUGAACCCGAACGACUUCUACCAGCUCUUCCCCUUCCACCUGCUGCUAGACCGCAGCUGCCGCGUAGUGCAGGCGGGGGCGAUGCUGGAGCGGCUGUUUCCGGAGCUGCGCGGGCGGAGCGGCGUGCCGCUGGGGGAGGUGUUCCAGCUGAAACAUCCGCACGGGCCGCUCGACUUUGACCACCUAGUAAGCGACAUUGACAACGCAUUCCUGCUUAAGGCCCGUGCAAGCGGUCUGGAGCUCAAAGGGCAGAUGGUGGCUGUGCCGCUGCCGCUGCACCCGGGCGCUGGCUGCCCCGCCACCCAGGAGGGCCUGCUCUUCAUGGGCACGGCACGCCUGGCGGGCCUCGACGACAUGCGCCACCACGGCAUCUUCAUCUCCGACAUCCCGCACCACGACAUCAACCGGGACUAUGUGCUGCUAGCGGAGCAGCGCCAGGCGGAGGCGCAGCUGCAGGAGCGGCUGGAGUCCCUCACGCGUGAACUCAAGGACGCCAACUCGCGCCUGGGAGAAAUGGCGGGGUGGUUGGACGCGGAGCGGCGGCGUAGCGACGGGCUGCUUUACCAGAUGCUGCCUCCCGAGGUGGCCAGCUGCCUCAAGAAUGAGGAGCGGGCGCCGGCACAAGAGCACCCAGAGGUCACCAUCUUGUUCAGCGACAUAGUUGGCUUCACGGAGAUUGCUUCACGCAGCUCGCCGCUGGAGGUGUGCUCGCUGCUGGAUGAGCUGUAUCAGCGCUUCGACGCGGCCAUUGAGGAGUACCCGCAGCUGUACAAGGUGGAGACCAUCGGGGACGCAUACAUGGUGGUGUGCAACGUGACGGUACCGUGUGACGACCAUGCGGACGUGUUGCUGGAGUUUGCGCUGCGCAUGCACGAGGAGGCCAGUCGGGUCGCCAGCAGCCUGGGGGAGCCCGUGCGCAUCCGCGUGGGCAUGCACUCGGGCCCGGUAGUGGCGGGCGUGGUCGGCCGCAAGAUGCCUCGCUUCUGCCUGUUUGGCGACACCGUCAACACGGCCAGCCGCAUGGAGUCCCACGGCGAGGCCGGCCAGAUCCACAUCAGUGAGGCCUGCUACAGCUGCCUCCGGUCCAAGGAGCGCUUUGAGAUCCGGGAGCGAGGCAACAUCACCGUCAAGGGCAAGGGAACCAUGCGGACCUACCUCCUCGCACCUGCGCCGGCGCCAGCGCUUCCUGGGCGUUCUUCUGCCAACACGCUCCGGUUUGUCACACGGCGGGCGUCUGUGGGAGGGGCAAUCCCGGUGGCGGCCCCGGUGGAUUUAUCACUCAGUUAUGCCGGCGAUUACAGCAACGAGUGUAGUCGCGCAUCAAUGAGCUCGUGCACUUCAUAUGUCACCUCGGUCGACGGCGGCCAAUCGCCGUUCAUGCUGCCGCCAGGCGGCCUCCACAGCGGUCGCGGCUCUCUUCGCUCGCCCCGGGCAUCACAGUCGCCAUCUAAUCCCCUGGCCUCGCUCGUAAGCUCCGGGACACCCUUUGCAGCAAUAGCCAGCGGCUUGAAGGAUCUGAGUUUGCGGGAGGACAGUGUCCCCCUGGCGCAUGUCAGCGAUGCCAGCGUCGUAUUUCCUGUUUCUGGCUGUGUUUCCGACGAGGCCGGAAGAGCAAAAGGCGUGGGCCGGGUUUCCGAAAUGGGCACGACCCGGUCCACAAGCUCUGAUAGCAUAAUGCGGCGUUCAUUACCGCGGCGCAUGUCGCAGCUGUCACGAGUGCAGGAGUCUGUGGUAAAAGAGGGUGAGCCUGAGGUUGCGGCGGAGCUCGGCCUGCAGUGAUAACGCAGUUCAGCGGUGGGGCAAGGCACCUACCAGGGUAUGCCGCUUGCUUGCCCCUGCAUUGCCCACCUGCAUUGUUAGCUUAUUCAUUCCACAUUGCAUUGCUUGCACAUUCGGAUUACUAUAGAUACUGCUGAAGAACUGGGUGAGUCGUUUGAAGGGAUCAGCACCAGUACGCGAGACACGAUGGAAUGUACCAUCGUGUAAGAGCGGCUGAACAGGGAUUGGGCACAGACUGGGCAGGGCACCUCGCGUUAGAAGGAACACUGACCAUCACCCCUUCCUUCACCACCACCGAGUGUUACUGGUGCUCAGCGAAGAAGACAAGCAUAUGAGCAAAUGCAUCGUGUUGCGAGGUGGACAUUACCAUUGCUCGCGGACACGCAGGGAGUGCCCAGGCGCAUAUGCGUUGGGCCAUGGGCAGGCCGCGUGGGCAGCAGGCGUAUGUUUACCUGUCUUUGGUCAUUGUUCAUGGUUUAAGGGCGGCUUAGACCUCCGUCUAUACAUGUAGGAGUUCUUAUGCCGCUGUACUCAGCUGUACUGUAUGGGUGCUUGUGCGAAUGUCAUUUGAGGCUUCCAGCUUAUCAGCCGGGUGACGAGUGCCGGGUGACGAGUGCCGGGUGGUGGACAAUGUGGCGACUGUUUGGAUACAAAUUGACUUUGCUGUGCUUGGCCGCUGGGAUAGGGCGCACACCUGACUAGCGGCGCUUGUGUGCCCGCCCCAGGCCAUUGGUGUGUCCGGGAGAUGAGCGAGGCUCCUUGGGGAUGCUCCACCUCCUGCUAUGGUCACGGGCGGGUCGCCGUGUGGCGCUCUGGCGGGCUGCACCAGCACAUCGGCGCCGGCGCCGCGACUGGAGGGCCACCGCAGGAGCAGGAGCAGCCACGGUAUUUGUAACGACAGACAUAU